UUGGGAAGAACAAUAUCUCAACUUUGGCGCGCAACGUGUUGAAUGAAAUUUGAUCCUUGUAGACAGACUGACAUUUAUCGCGCGGCGACCUUUGAUCGGAGAACACUCCGUGCGCCGCCGCACGGCAGUUGAAGUUGUAGUCGAGUCUCCAUUGGUACGUUUCCUUUUGGUGAGGAUUUGAGAGAGUGAUGAAUUACGAGAGAAGGCUAAAAGCAGCGGCGAAGCUCAUACUUCUCCAUGAUUCUGAGUCCGACAACUCCCCGAAGUCCUGCCCGGACGUCGGAGUUACGGCGACUCUGAAGCCCUACCAAGUCGAAGGAGUUCUAUGGCUAAUUCGGCGAUAUCAUCUUGGCGUCAACGCUAUUCUUGGUGAUGAGAUGGGGCUGGGGAAGACAUUGCAAGCUAUUUCUUUUCUGAGUUACUUGAAGGUCCAUCAGAUAUCACCUGGCCCAUUUUUGGUAUUAUGUCCUUUGAGCGUUACAGAUGGUUGGGUAUCUGAGAUUGUCAGAUUUGCUCCUCAUCUAAAUGUUCUUCAGUAUGUUGGAGAUAAAGAAACUCGACGAAAUUCUCGCAGGCGCAUUUUUGAGCAUGCAACAUCACAAUCAGUGACUGAUGUCAUGUUGCCUUUUGAUGUUCUGUUGACAACGUAUGACAUAGCAUUGAUAGAUCAAGACUUCCUCUCUCAGAUAGCCUGGCAGUAUGCUGUCAUUGAUGAAGCACAGAGACUUAAAAACCCUUCAAGUGUUCUGUACAAUGUACUUAAAGAGCGUUUUCUUAUCCCGAGGCGGUUAUUGAUGACUGGAACUCCUAUUCAGAACAAUCUCAGUGAACUUUGGGCCUUAUUGCAUUUCUGCAUGCCUUCAGUGUUUGGAACACUGGAUCAGUUUAUUUCUACGUUCAAGGAAGCUGGAGAUCUUACUUCUGGUCAUGGAAAAAUUCAUGGAAAUGGGCAAUUUAAGAGUUUAAAGUAUAUACUAUCAGCCUUCCUUUUGAGAAGAACAAAAGCCAAGCUUAGUGAAUCUGGAGUUCUGUUGCUCCCACCACUUACUGAGAUAACAGUGAUGGUACCAUUGGUUAACCUUCAAAGAAAGGUCUAUAUGUCAAUAUUGAGGAAAGAGCUGCCUAAACUACUUGCACUUUCUUCUGGUUCCUCAAACCACCAAUCGUUACAGAAUGUCGUGAUGCAACUUCGAAAAGCUUGUAGCCAUCCUUAUCUUUUUCCUGGUAUUGAGCCUGAACCUUAUGAAGAAGGCGAGCACCUGGUUCAGGCUAGCGGCAAGCUUGUGAUUCUAGAUCAAGUACUUCAGAAACUACAUGAGUCUGGACAUCGUGUCCUCUUAUUUGCUCAGAUGACCCAUACACUUGAUAUAUUACAGGACUUCUUGGAGUUGCGGAAUUUUUCCUAUGAGCGUCUUGAUGGAUCAAUUCGAGCCGAGGAGCGUUUUGCUGCAAUCAGGAGCUUCAGCUUGAAUUGUAGUGGGAGUUCUCAAACAACCCGUAAUGAUGCAUUUGUUUUUUUGAUCUCUACAAGAGCCGGGGGAGUUGGUUUGAAUCUAGUGUCGGCUGAUACGGUUAUAUUCUAUGAACAAGAUUGGAAUCCACAGGUGGACAAGCAAGCUUUACAAAGGGCACAUCGAAUUGGUCAAAUAAAUCAUGUGUUGUCUAUAAACUUAGUUACAGCCCAAACUAUCGAAGAAGUUAUUAUGCGAAGGGCAGAAAGAAAGUUACAACUUAGCAAAAACGUUAUUGGUGAAGAUUAUAUAGAUGAGGAAGCAGAAGAAAUUGCAGGGAAUGAAACUGGUGACUUGAGAUCGAUCAUAUUUGGGUUACAUAUUUUUGAUCAAGGUCAAAUGGACAAUGAAAAAUCAGGGGAGUUUGAGGCGUCAAAUGUCAGUGCAAUGGCUGAAAAAGUUGUUGCAGUACGCCAUAAAAAAGUAUCAAACAAGGAUGAUGCAAGCUUUUUGGUCAAUACAAUGACCUUAUCAAAUGGUUGUGAUCUUCCUAUUCAAGAAGGUACUAUCUCGGUCAAUUUUGACCCAGGCGUUGAUGAGGCGUCGUAUCGCUCUUGGAUAGAGAAGUUCAAGGAAGCAUCCCAAUCUGGUGCUAACCAAAUCAUGGAGUUGGAAAACCGGAAAACUUUAUCUAGAGAUAAGAGCCUAAAACUUGAGGAUGUAAAGAAGAAAGCAGAAGAAAAGAAACUGGCAAAAUGGGAAGCCCUUGGGUACCAUUCGUUAUCUGUUGAAGACCCAAUCUUGCCUCUUGAUAGUGAUCUAAUUUCAGAUUCUGGCUCUGUUCAUUUUGUCUAUGGGGACUGCACACAUCCGUCAAGGAAUUGUAUAUCUGAGCCUACAAUCAUAUUCAGUUGUGUUGACGAUUCUGGAAGCUGGGGGCAUGGCGGAAUGUUUGAUGCUCUGGCAAAGCUUUCUGAUAGCAUCCCUUCUGCCUAUGAACGAGCUUCUGAAUUUAGGGACCUACAUCUUGGUGAUCUUCAUCUCAUAAAACUCGAGGACAACAAGGAACAGAGCGAUAAAGCUCCUCAAUGGGUUGCUUUGGGUGUUGUACAAUCUUAUAAUCCGAGGCGGAAAGUCCCCAGAAGCAAGAUUUCUCUUCCAGAUUUGGAGAACUGCAUAUUAAAAGCAUCAUCUGCAGCGUCGCAACAUUCUGCUUCAAUCCACAUGCCGCGUAUUGGUUACCAAGACGGAUCAGAUCGCUCCGAGUGGUACACCGUGGAACGUCUUCUCCGAAAAUACGCCUCCAUCUACAGCAUUAAAAUCCAUGUGUACUACUACCGAAGGACAUCUUGAAACUGUCCAAACUUGGAUGGCCGUUCUUGGCACACGUUUGUAUGUAUAUAUACAUGUUCUAGAGUACCUUCCUAGAGGUUUUCUGGAUUAGAAUCUUCCACUUUUUAUUUCAGCACCUCUAAUAUUUGAGAUGAAAAUAUAUAAUUGUUCGUUUUUCCAA